UUCAAUAGUAUGCUCAGAAGGGCUUUUUUCCCCACUUUCACUAGUUAUGGUCCGAUGCUCUGUUCUUCGCGCAGCAGCCAUGGAAGUGAGGUUUCCUGUUCUGGCGCUGAUGCUCUGUUUUUUGCUGGGUGUGGGUUCGGGUAAUCCUGUUUCCUUGCGGAGUGCGGAUUCAGGGGUUUCUUCUUCGUUUCCUAGCAAUUUCCUGUUCGGGACGGCUUCUUCUUCGUAUCAGUUCGAAGGGGCUUACUUGUCCGAUGGCAAAGGUCUCAACAACUGGGACGUUUUCACCCAUACUCCAGGCAACAUUGUGGAUGGAACCACCGGAGACAUUGCGGUUGACCACUACAAUAGAUAUCAAGAAGACUUGGACCUGAUGAGUCAUCUUGGCGUCAAUAGUUACCGUUUCUCAAUAUCAUGGUCAAGAAUCCUACCUAAGGGAAGGUUUGGAGGAGUAAAUCAAGCUGGGAUUGUUCAUUACAACAACCUCAUCAAUGAACUUCUACAAAGAGGAAUCCAACCCUUUGUCACAUUAACUCACUAUGACAUCCCUCAGGAACUUGAAGAAAGAUACAGAGCAUGGCUAAGCCCCCAAAUACAAGAAGACUUCAGAUACUAUGCAGAAGUGUGUUUCAGCUCCUUUGGAGACAGAGUGAAGCACUGGGUCACAUUCAACGAGCCCAACGUCGCAGCAAUCAGGAGUUACAGAUCAGGAAUCUUCCCGCCAUCGCGAUGUUCUGGCUCGUUUGGGAACUGCAGCCAUGGAGAUUCAGGGACAGAGCCCUACAUCGCAGGACAUAACAUGAUCCUGUCGCAUGCCGCCGCUGUCAACCUUUACCGUACCAAAUUCCAGAAAGAACAAGGAGGCAGCAUUGGACUGGUUCUGAAUGCUUUAUGGUAUGAACCCAUCAGCGAUUCCACAGAAGAUCAGUUGGCAGUGGAAAGAGCCCUGGCUUUCUUCAUGAACUGGUUCCUAGACCCUGCCAUAUUUGGAAGAUACCCUGAAGAAAUGCGACAGGUUCUCGGGUCGACAUUGCCCGAAUUUUCGAGCUACGAAUCGAGGCUUCUGAAGAGGAUAGGUCUGGACUUCAUCGGGAUCAAUCACUACACAAGUUUCUACAUAAAGGACUGCAUGUUUUCGUCGUGUGAACAAGGUCCAGGAGCUUCGAAGACAGAGGGGCUGGCUUUAAGGCUUGAGCAGAAGAAUGGUUCCUACAUUGGAGAACCGACCGCAGUUGAUUGGUUAUUCGUUUAUCCUCGAGGGAUGGAAAAGAUUGUGACAUAUAUAAAAGAGAGGUACAACAAUGUACCCAUGUACAUUACUGAAAAUGGGUUUGGCCAGACUCGGGAUAUACUCAAUGAUGUCAGGAGAGUGGAUUACAUGACCAGCUACCUGGAUGCACUGGAAACUGCAAUCAGGAAAGGAGCAGAUGUGAGAGGGUAUUUUGCAUGGUCGUUGCUGGACAACUUCGAGUGGACGUCAGGGUACACGACGAGGUUUGGGCUGUACCAGGUUGAUUUCCCCAGUUUGAAAAGAAUCCCAAGACUCUCAGCAACUUGGUACAAGAACUAUAUUGAGAACUUCAAGGUUGUGACAAGAGGAGCUUCCUUCCUUUGACCUGGGCCUAACAUUUUUGGGCUUGGCCUAGACCACAUUUUGUUGGGCUUUUCUCUAAAUCAUGCUAAAAUUGUAUAAAUAAUUGAUGUGGUUUGGCUUUGAACUUAUAAGGCAUCGAGUAUAGGGGUGGCAAAUAGGGUGAGGGUAAUUAGAACUUCUCCCUCCUUCUACCUUAGUGAUAGUAGAGUUUCAUAUACAAAGUACAGUUUUAGUAUUCAAAUUUAUUUAGUGUCUAAAAUUAAUUUUGUUUACAUAAGUCCUAACAAUAUUGAUGAAAAAUUAUGUUUUAGAACCUAAACUUUUUCUCUUGCAUUUUAAUACCUAAAUUUUUUAAAAUUUACAAAUAGCUCAACGGUUAAAGAAACUUCUGUUCUGGAC